AUGGCACAAUCCUCUCUCAUGGCUUCUUCUUCUUCUUCUCUGCCUCGCACCUGGAAAUACCGCGUCUUCACGAGCUUCCAUGGCUCCGACGUUCGUAAAUCCUUUCUCAGUCAUUUACGCAAACAGUUUAGCUGCAACGGGAUUUCAAUGUUCGACGAUCAAGGCAUUGAGAGAGGCGAAAGCAUCGCACCUGCUCUCACUGAAGCGAUUAGGCAAUCGAGGAUCUCGAUCGUCAUACUCUCGAAGAACUACGCUGCUUCCGGCUGGUGUUUAAACGAACUGGUGGAGAUUUUCAAGUGCAAGGAAGAAUUGGGGCAAUUGUGA